CGUUAACUUACUACUGGUGUUUCCCUGCAUGUGUUUGUGAUUAACAACUGACAAAAUAUCUUAAAUGAUAAAGAAGCAAUUUUGGGAACUCGGCUGAUAUUUUACAAGAGGGUCUGGAUGAAGUUAACUACUGACAGUUCUCUGUGUUUUUGAUUGACAAAAUAUCUUAACUAAUUGCUAACUAAUAGAUGACAAGAUCUAGACAAAAGCAAGAGAAUUAUAUAUAAUGAAAAUAAAUUUAAUUUUAAUACCUCGCUCUGAUAACUAGCCUGUUGACCACAAUCUGCUACACAUGAUAGAGUGCUUUAUAUGAUAAAACCACUCCACUUUUUGUGCAUGAUAUCUUUCAUAUUUCAGACUGGAACAGAAUCGUUCUUAUUCACAACGAACAAGGUGUACGACAGUAUGGAAAAGGAACAAGCUCGGCUCUACUAUCCAUUUACUCUCAGUGUUACAAAAUCAAAACUUAGAUAUGUUUAUCCUUUUUUCUACGAAACCGUAAGUCUUAUUUUUUGAAUUUAUACUCAGAUUUAAUAUAAACAAAACUAACUAUGCUGGGUAGCUCUAUCAAUUCUUGAAUAUUCUUCUAAGCGUUGGAAAGAAGAAAAUCCCAAACUGGUCCAGUGUUACAACAGAAGGAAACUGAAAAGUACCUGGGGAAAACUUGUUACAUUUGGUAAUGUCGAACUCGAAGCUAUCUUUUUUCAUACACCUCAGGCGAUAUUAUAACACGAAUAUUUCGUGCAGGAAUUGAACUCUCGUCACAAAGGUGUAAGCAUAUACUGACCACUGUGACACUAAGAUAUCUUCAAGAAUGAAAAAAACAUCGGGUCCAACUUAAAAAACAGAAACCUAGUUAUCUUCUUCUCUUCUUCUUUAUUAAUACUGUUAUUUUUGCGUUAUUUCACAGACGGUAAACAAUCAUCCUUAUGAAGAAGUGAGAACAAAAGUCAGUUGUAGAGAUGGAUUUUGGGACACACGUGCUACUUGUGGCUUUGCGCAUGAUCAUAAAGGCAACAGGAUAUGGGACAGUCAGGUAAGUGAAGUUUUGGUUAAGAGAUCCAUUUGUAAACAGCGUUCCAUUCCUGCAGUAUACAAUUGUGUGAUGAUAAUUUCUCCUUGGUAACAUGCAGGGGCGCACACCCUCACACCCCUCUAAUGUGCGCCCCUGGUAACAUGUGAGAAGAGUGCUUCCAGUUUGAUAGUUUCAGUUCUGAGAAAGCAGUUUAGAAUGAAUAGAGCUAUCUAAUAUUAAUAAAGUAAGUUUAGUCAAGUUUUUGAAUGGAUUAUUGCUUCUUCCCAGGGAUUUUGUUGUUCAUGUUCGAUGUAUGAUACAGUUCCAGACUGGGCAAAAUGGUUAUUGUUUGGAGGUCAUGCCAAUGAAUAUUAUCGCGGUGGUCAGGGAGGACUCUGUGGUUAUAGCCAUAAACACGAUGACAACGACAAGUUCUCGCAUUGUAUGAGAAUGGACGAUCUUUGGUGAGUUUUUUUAUACACCCUUCUGGAAAGUGCUCAGUCUUAGCUAUAAAGCUUCAUUUUCGUGUUUGAAAUAUUGGCUUUAAAGCCCUUUAUUUUAUUACAGGUGACAAAUUUACGAAACCAUGCAGAUAUGUCAGUGAAUUUAUAAGGCCUGUUUAUAAUUCUGUAAUCAAUAAUAAGAUAAAAUAGCCAUGGCUAAAUACUUUCCAGAAGCAUGUAUUUCCAAAACUAAUGUCUUCUUAAUGACGCAAUAAUAUUUCCUGAAGACUUAAAAUCCCGUCUAUUUUUCACCGAAACAUCGACGUUUUCUUGUUUAGGUAUGAUGUGUUUUCCAUUCGUGAACCCAGACUUUCAUUUGUGAUUUCAAUUCAAGCUUUUGAGCAAGUGAAAAAAGUAAUCAAUAAUAAAACUAUUACUGAAUGGGUCGAUGGAGGAAAGAUAAAACUGAACUAUCAGAAGAGGAGUGGGUUCGGGCAAUAUGGAAGGGUAAGAAUAAGGAAACUCCGCUAAAAUCAAAACAAGUACCAUUUAAAACACGAGCAACAUGGAAUUGAGGGGAAAUACAAGAAUAUAGAUAAACAAUAAUCCAUACAUUGAUUAGUUAAUUUUGUUUAUCGCGAAUUCUUUUGUUUUGUUUAGUUACUGGCCAAAUUUCAUGGAACAUUUGAGUCUACGACAGAAAUCCCAAAUUUGGUGCACAAAUAUUUACUCAUACCCAAAGUUACAGCAGCGAACAGCGCCAAUGGCGGCCAUGUACAGAUAAGGGUAAGCUGAACUAUGAAAGUGAAAGGAGAUGUGCAGGGGAAUGCUGGAGUUUAUCAAGUAUAAACUUAGCUAAAGUAGAAGGGUUUUGUAGUUUGAAAUUCCGAGUGUAUUUGUUGAGAUAAAAUUCCGGUGCAGCGCGCUCUAACCAACUGAGCUCGAGCUACAGAGUCCACUUGUCGAGUUCUAACCACAAGUUCAUGUAUAUAUGCUGCCAUAGUAUUGGUAAGGUAUAUUUCUUUGUAAAUUCAACAUAAAUUAUUGCAAUUAUAAAUAAUAUAAUAGUUGUACAUGGCCGAAUCGAGGACGCGAAGUUCCUUUCAAGCCAGGGACCGGUUGAAUAAAAAAGUGAUUAAAGUUAACUAUAAUUAAGUGCAAACAUCAUCCAAUAAGAAGAGCGUAUUUGAGAGUUAAACUUUAAUCACUAUUUAACUACAAAAUAGUGAUUAAAAAAGUGAUUAAGAUUUAUUAUACAACCGGCCCCAGGUUAGUUUAGUUUUUAGGCCGAAAUUAAGGGUUUGAAACUUUUUCAAUUUCUUUCACUUUCUAGAACGGUUUUCACGACUAUAUGUUGAUUCCCAGUGAUAAGAUCUCAAUACGUGAAGGCAGUGAUAGUUGUGAUAUGGUCGGAGUGUCUUAUAGUUCAUUUCGUAAGUUGGGAGGAGGAAGUAGUGGUAGAGGCAGUGGAUGUAACCAAAAACCUGACAGGUGAAAAACUAUCUCUUGUCUAUGUAUACUUUAUAAGACUGGGGUCGCAAGUCUAUAUAGGAAGAACAGUUUCAAACCAAAAGCUUCAGUAAAGUUCCAAAGUUCAAUAACUUACGUUUUUAUAAAUGUAUUCUUUUAGUUGUUUAAAUAAUCAACCAAAAGAUCUUUUCGAAGAAGAUACGGUGAGAAUUUUGAACUUUACUGGACAAAAUGCAACCUAAACUCAUUGUAUACAAACAAUAUACAACCGUUAUUUCAUUUAUUCAUUUCUGAAGGCGUUACGCAAUAUCGGCAGAACUCCGAACUAUUUCGUCGAGCAAUAUGGUAAAUGUGUAGGUGUGAAUACAGAUGGUCCUUCAGAAGAUUUAGGAAUUGUUUAUGAAGUAGGAGAUACAGUACGGAAUAGUUUGAUCACACUGGAAGUCAGUGCUGAUGAUAUGGUAUUAAUAUAUAAUAGGUGAGUAUUACUAGGGUAUAGUGUAAUUAGAUAUGUUAGUUGGUAGAUAAAUAGGUAGGUAGCUAGGUAGGUAUAGGCAGUUAGAUAGUUAGGUAGGUAGGUGGUGCUUCGCCGCUCACCGCUCGCUAUGUGGGCAAGUCUAUUAGGUGGUGGGUUUAAGAGGUUAGUACAUUUGACUAAUUAACCUUUCAUGUGCUUUGGUUAUUUUUCAGAGCUAAUGGUAUUAUAGUGAAAUCAUUUGCCACAGACUUUGAUGCUUUGUCUCAAGAUGGCACACUGACAGUUAUUGUACAAAAUACAGGAUUGGUCACCGCUGAUUUUUACGUAUGUUCACUUACCCGCGGUAUAUUAUACUAAAAACUUUCUUCAUGCUGAAUAGCUCUAAUACACUGUCACUGACUACAUAGAAUGCUAUAGUUAAAGGCCGGCGAAAUUAUUUCCUCUAGCAAAAACCAAAACUGUUUAAUUUAAAAGUGUGUAAAUCUUUCACAUUUCAAGGUUGUAUUCUCCGGCUGUUCGGAAGGUGUCUACCGUGGUGAUGAGAGAAUGGCAUCAAUUAAUCCAAAGUCAACUCACAUGUUCACUUACGAUAUUAAUGUCUACAUGAAGAAAGGAAAAAAACAUUUUUGUGCAGGUAAUCGUGCAGUAGAUGGUCAACCAAUAUAGUUGACGAUGGAUUUACCAACCACCGCAAUUAUAUAUACAUCACUUGUCUUUUUUCUCUCUUGCAGUCCAACUCUUUGACUCCCGUCGUCACCUUCAAGACACGUCGAAUGUGACUUUCAAGACGUAUACACCUUGUGUAUGUCUUCAUCACUGCAUUUGUAAGGUAAUCAUAUCUUUCCAUAGUUUACUAUCUCGUAACUUUAUUGUUAUGGGUACAAUUGGACGAAGGCCGGAUAGCGCUAUCCACCCGCUGAAAGUGGUUUUUUCAACGAUGAAAAAUUGCUUGAAACUACAAAACUACGGACAUAGAUCUUACAAAUAAUAAAAAUAAAUAUUCAUUCAUAAAUACUAAAGUUUAAUCCGGGUUAUUCCAUGCAAUUAACGAACAAUUCCUCGAUAUCCGGCUUUUGUACAACCAGCCCCUGCUGUUACAAAAGUAGGCCUACCAAACCUGACUAUAAACUAGACAUAUCUAGUUCUAAGAUGCUGUCUCUAAACUGGAAGUCUAGUAAGGAAAAACCUGUGUAGCCGAGAGAACUUGCGAUGUUUGGUAGAGUCAAAAUGGAACUGCUCUUCUCACGUGCGAAAUUAUGAUCUGACAACUGCAUAUUGCUGGGAAUGAACCCUGCUUGCACCAACGACUGUCUCACCGACAUCCUACCUCCAAUAUAACUCAUGUUUGUCCUUUCGUUCCUUUCCAACAGUGCAACGAACUAGCUGCGGAUGAAAAUGACAAUACUGAAGCAGACAUUGAUGAUUGUCAAAAUGCAGAAGAUUACGAUCACGACUACGAUGAAGACGAAGACGAAGAAGACAAAGAAGACAGCUUGCUCACGAAAAUUCUGAAAAAAGUCCGUGGUUUCUUCAACCCUGUACGAAUUGUACUGAUUGUCUUACUGUUCUGUGGUGUUGGCAAAGCAAUGAUUGGACGAUACUUCAUUUCUGUUGCGAAGCUGGGGCUUGGCGGAGUUCGUAUUGGCGAGAAAGUGAUUAGGAAAGUGAAGGGAGAAAAGAAACUGUUGACCUAUGACGCAGCCAUGAAUCUUGUGGAUACUACAAAGUAUGUGGAAUUACAAUGUGGCCGUGUAAAACUGAACUAACUUUAUUUAUACUGGAUAUAGUUCUAUCACUAUCAGUUUUAAAGUGUUCUUCCUAGAGGUCCAGUAAGGAUCACUUCUUAUUGAUCUAGUGUUACUACAGGAGAAAACCUAAAUUAAACUAACAUUAUUUAUACUGGAUAGCUCUAUAAGUUCUAAACUUUUCUUCCUGUAUCGAGGUCUAGUAAAGGCCAUCCCAAACUAAACUGAUUUUAUUUAAACCGCUGGAUAGACUUAUCAGUUAUUGGUCUUUUUGAUCCGGUGUUACAACAAGAGGAAACCGGAAACCGAAAGAAUCUUUAUUUAUGCUGGAUGGUUUUAUCAGUCAUCACAAAACGUGUUUAACGUCAUGGAUUAUCGUGGGUAUAUUUCUAUAAAAUAAGAUAGAACCGACUCGCUUUAUUGCCAGCUUGACUAACUUAAACUUCUAUUUUUUCUAGUAACACAACGGUGAUUUUAAAUCAUGGUACUCGAGAUUUUUUCAUCAAUAUUAUCUUCUUCUAUCUACUUCCGAUCAUUUUACUCGUCAAGAUCGCAUAUUUCGCCCGAGGUCAACGAUUAUUGAAGCAGCUCGAGCCUUCAACAUCGAGAGAUCUGCAACAAGAUGUAGAAAGUGCGUUACCCGAGACGGUGCCUGCCCCAAAACAAACAACAAACGCCAGGAGGAUUAUUCCAAAGAAAACGCCGAAUAUGAAAGCAGUACCUAAAUUAAAAGCAAAUGUCCCCAAAUUGAAGGGCGGGGCGGCUAAGAAAUAGUUAAUAACACAGGGGUGAAAAAAAAUGUUGUAAAAUAUUAAACAAGUAUAACUUGAGUUGCAAAAUAUUGAAUUUAAUGUAUCUCGAAGCUCUGUAUAACUUGAUAGUAUUACUUGUUGUCCUAGCAAUUAUUUCUGGCUGGGUCAGCCUACGUCGUUUCCCAAUCACAUCUGUAAAGCUCGUCGAAUUAAUGUGAAUUGGAUAUCCGGGCGUGUUCACAGUGUACACUUAUGAUUAUCUCAAUUGGGCCAGUCCCUAAAGUUCAAUUUCAAUUUGGCCGUGCAGUUCCGUACAUUAAACCAGCUCGAUUCCCCCUUGAGACAUUCAGAAACUAUUUUUUCAGUAAGCUAAGUGAUUCACCUUUAUCCCGCAGGGGGCAGGUGCCUUGACUAAACGUUAUCUAAAGCUGAUCUAACUCUAGCUGUUACCUGUGGUUGUCGUCAGCACAGAAUAGAUACCGGACCAGAAGGGCCACUCCUAUGUGUUUUGGCUGAAGGAAAACGUCCGAAAUUUUUUUUCGUGCUAUGACGCCAUCCUGGAGUGCACACGGAACUUUGUACCUAUGUUUUCCUAUGAAAAACUUCCGUGUGCACUCCAGGAUGGCGUCAUAUGAUGGCGUAUUUUCACGUCAGCACUCGUAAAAUUUCGGACAAAAUAUCGUCUGAGUGAUACUUCUGGUUGUGUAUCUAUUCUGUGUCGUCAGUAUGAAAAUUAGAACAAACGGGAAAAUAACUAAUUUGCAUUGUUUGCGUUUUCGUCCCCAGGGCCCAAAACUCCGUGUUUUUCUCAAAACACAGCGGACUAUAAUUUUAUAAAGCCAUGAAGCAGUAACAACUUCUUUUCAUGAAAAACGUGAUCGUAGUUUAAAAAGGCUUAUCUUAUUAUGCCCAUGAGCUUUGCAUUUCGUGGCAAAAUCCUUUCCAAUUGUGACUCUUCUUUGCCAUGCUUAAUGACGCAACGUAAUUGCCAAUUAGGGCCAUUGCAGUUUUACAAA